UGGUAUCCCCACCGCCGCCAUGCCGGCUGCUCGGCUCUUCUGUUCAUCUCGGUCCUACCUGUUCCUCAGUCCAGCGCUGUCGUCACUGUCUUCUUUCCCGAGGCUGGCAUCUUUAGUGUGGGCACUCGGCUUCACAGCCACAUGAGCGAGAAGCACUGUGCUUUGUCUGCAGUGUUUGGUCAUCUCCUGUACUAUGCCCGCAGUCUCUGGUCAUCCCCUGUACUAUGUCUGCAGGCUCUGGUCAUCCCCUGUACUAUGUCCGCAGUCUCUGGUCAUCUCCUGUACUGUGUCCGCAGUCUCUGGUCAUCUCCUGUACUGUGUCCGCAGUCUCUGGUCAUCUCCUGUACUGUGUCUGCAGUCUCUGGUCAUCCCCUGUACUAUGUCCACAGUCUCUGGUCAUCCCCUGUACUAUGUCUGCAGUCUCUGGUCAUCUCCUGUACUGUGUCUGUAGUCUCUGGUCAUCUCCUGUAGUUCAUCUGCAGUCUGUGGUCAUCUCCUG